CCGGAGUCCUUCGAGCGCUCGCCAACUCCAGCCCCGCCGGCUCCACGUCUAGAGCCCGCGCCUUGCAGACGUCAUGAUGCCCGGCGCUUGGUUGCUACUCGCCCUGGCUUGGACCUUGACCCUGACCGGUGGUGUCCCUGGUGGCCGCGCGCAGCCAGAGUUGGUCCAUCAAGAGGCGGCGACGGCCCCUGAACGUCCUGGCCUGGAAGAACUCCUGCGCCAGGCUGAGCGCCUCCUCCUCCUCCAGGAAGACCUACAGCGGCUGCGAGGAGACCAGGGCGAGCUCCCAGAGUCCCAGAUCCUCCAACUCGACCGGCUUCCCAAGCGCCAGCAUCCAGGCAAAAGGGAGGAGGAAGCCGAAGAGGGAGUUGAAGAGGAGGAGGAGGAAGAAGGGGGUGCUGCAGGACCCCACAAAAGGCAGCACCCCGGCCGCCGGGAGGAUGGGGCUUCCUGGGCAGCCGAUGGAACCCAGCACAAGCGGCAGCAUCCUGGCCCACGCUCCCCCUGGCUCGAGUACGCUGCCACCAAGAGGCAGCACCCAGGCAGGAGGAUGGUGGACCCUAAGGUCCAGAGGAGCUGGGAGGAAGAGGAAGAGGAGGAGGAGGGAGAGGGAGCCCUGAUGCCCGAGAAACGCCAGCACCCUGGCAAGAGGGCCCUGGGAGGCCCCUGUGGGCCCCGGGGAGCCUGCGGUGAGGCAGGUCUUCUGCUGGGGCUCCUGGACGGCCUGAGCAGGGGCCAGGGGGUGGAUGAGAAGCGGCAACACCCAGGGCGGCGGGCGGCCUGGGCCAGGGAGCCCCUGGAGGAGUGA